AUGUCAAGUUCAAUAUCCCAUGUUACUAAAUGUCUUGGAACAAGCCGCAACAUCACUCAUCUCUAUAAAAAAGCAAGGGUAGACGAAAAGAAAUCUUCUAGAUUUUCCCUCUCAACUGCAUCUAAUGAUUCAGGCCGAGCUGUUCUUCUCUCAGGAAUUUCCCCAAGCCACAUUCCGCUCGAGCCUCCAAAGCAAAAUCAGCUCCCACCUUUAUGGGUUGACUCAUAUGACAAAGUAAUAGAAGAUUUAAAAACUCUCGAAGACAAAUGUAAACUCUAUUUAGUAAAACUAUUAAAACAAGCCCAAACGAAAAGGCUUAAAAUUACAUUUGGAGAUCCUAGCCAGGCUGAACGAGAAAUCCUCAUCCUAUCUCAAGAAAUAACCAAGGUAAACUCUUAUUCAGCUAGUUAAUGCGCGAUUUAGAUGGUUUUAUUCACGAUAUUGUAAAAUCAUCAGGAACCAAUAGCGAUAUCACUAUUCGGAAGAAUAUUCAGCAGCAAUUAGCUCAGAAAUUACAAGAAUUCACUCAGCAUCAUAAAACAAUGCAAAGGGUUUAUAUGGAAAAAUACCAACAACUUCAAUCAGGAAGCUCAGUUCCUUUGCAAAUGCCUGAAGAGGAUGAAAUUGAAGACGAUUAUGGAGAUAACCUUGAUCAAGUAUACGAGAUUUCCAAAGCAAGGGAUGAAGGAAUAAAUGGGCUAGUAAACAACUUAAAUGAGCUUGCUAUGAUUUUCAAGGAUUUGAGCAAUUUAGUAGUAAAUCAAGGGACAAUAUUGGAUCGAAUCGACUAUAAUUUAGAACUAGCCUCAGAUCAUACAAAAAAAGGAGUUGUGCAGCUUCAAAAAGCAGAGAAACAUCAAAGGUGCACAAGAGCAACAAGUUGCAUUAUGUUUUUGAUAGUCAUGAUAGUGCUGCUUGCGUUGGUUUUUAUAUUCAAAAACUUUUAA